AUGGAAAACCUCUCUGAGGCCAGCUUCUGGAGCUUAAGAGGAAGAAGCAGUGAUUCUUUCUUGUGUAUUGUUGGAAAUGGAAGAGAUGCUUGGUUCUGGCAUGAUAAUUGGACACCUUUUGGUCCACUAAUCAAGUACUUUGGAGAACAUGGUCCGAGGAGUUUAAGAGUUCCUAUUACUGCUAGGGUGGCUGAUGUGUGCAAUGCAAACGGGUGGACAAUUGCACAUCCAAGGUCUGAUCAGGGAGAGUCCCUUCAAAUUUAUUUAUCAUCUAUUCAACUACCAACUUCAGUUUCAAAUUCAGAUCAUUUUGAGUGGGUUAUUGAACGCAAGUCUACAAAUGGUUUCUCUUCUUCCAAAACUUGGGAGCAGCUGAGGCCAAGAGAAGAUGAAAAAGCUUGGGCGCCUCUGAUUUGGUUCAAAGGCCAUAUUCCAAAGCAUGCUUUUCACUUAUGGAUCACAAAUCUUGAUCGGUUGCCAACAAUGGCUAGGCUAGCUUCUUGGGGCCUUGAUGUUUCAACUGUUUGCAGUUUAUGUUCCGCUUCUAUUGAGAACAGAGACCAUUUGUUCCUUGAGUGCGCUUUCGCUAGGAUUCUCUGGAAAAAGAUUCUGGAAAGAAUUGGUCACCCUCAAAUCUUUUUCUCGGACUGGAAUUCUAUGUUGGUAUGGGUAAAGUCAUACAUAAUUCCACCCGUCCGCUCUGAUCAGCUUCCUGAAUCGUCAUUCAAGAAGAAGCCAGCAACUUGCCGUUGA